AUUCAUUUGUCACUCUCUCUCUCUCUGUCUCUCUCUCUCUCUCUCUCUCUCUCUCUCUCUCCCAUAGCAGCGAGAAAAGUCCAACACCGUAUAAAUAAACAAACUCAUACCAUUAUAGCAACUUGGACUUGCAAAUUUUCAAUCCCAAAUUCCAAAUCCCAUCCUUCAAAUCCACAUAAAUCGAACCCUCCAGACUCCAGAAACAAAACCCAGAUCGUAGAUUCAGAGAUUUAUCAUAAAAUUUCAGAGAUCAAUCCGAUGGCUGAGGGGCUUCAGAGGUCUGAGAGCACGUUUAGGAGGCAGGGCUCGUCGGGCUUGAUUUGGGACGACAAGUUUCUACAGCAGGCGCUGAACCAAGUGGAGGCGGAGAAGCAGGCGGAGGCAGCUCAGCAGGCUGAGGGCGGCGGCGGCGGCGCGGCAGGACCUACCAUGGAGCGGAGCCGAUCCAACGGAGGAAAGGGGUAUCGGACGGUCAAGGUUUCGCCGCAAGCGACGGACCCGCCUUCCCCGAAAGUCUCCGGCUGCGGGAUCUGCGGCGCGUUUGGAAAACCGAAGCCGGCGUCGGCGCGUCGGCCGAGAUCGAACAAGCGAAGGUCGUAGAAUUAAUUAAUUAUUCAAAUUUGUACUUAAAAUUUGUUAGCUGUUUUUGGUUUAAUUGGAACAAAAAACUGCAUGCCCAGUUUUUCUUUUUUAAUUUUCUGAUGUUAUUAGAGAAUUGUGGGGAUGAAGGUGUGAUUUGUAAUGUAAUCUUGUUAAAAAUUAUAAUUAAAUACUUUUGGUGUGUC